AUGGGAAAGGAAGCUUUGAGAACCGUUGCCAAAAUCGACUUGGAGACGCCGGCAGCGGAGCAGGCAUGCUUGCACAACCGAUGGCACCCAGACAGUCCGUCCACAAGUCUCACAGAUCUCCGCCAGAUCAAGAACGAUGAUUCCGCCGACGAUAUGAAGAACGUCGACCUCACCAAAGUCCACUAUCUCACAGGACCAUUCGAUAUCGAGACAGCCGAGCCUGGGGACGUGCUUCUUGUUGAGAUUCAGGAUGUACAACCGUUCCAAGACCAGCCGUGGGGCUUCACUGGAGUGUUUGACAAGAACAAUGGUGGUGGCUUCUUAGAUGAGAUCUACCCCAAAGCCGCCAAGGCCAUCUGGGACUUCGAAGGCAUCUUCUGCUCAUCUCGGCAUAUCCCAGGGGUGCGCUUCGCCGGACUGAUCCAUCCCGGUAUUCUCGGCUGUGCGCCCUCUCCCGAGGUCCUCGCAGAGUGGAACAGGAGAGAAGGCGAGCUCAUCUCGGCGAACACGCUAGACCGUGUCGUGGCACUGCCUCCACUCCCACAGAACGUCCACGCCGGAACCGCGUCCGAUGACAUCAAGGAGAAGGUCGGCAAAGAGGGAGCGAGGACCAUACCGGGCAGACCGGAGCAUGGCGGCAACUGCGAUAUCAAGAACUUGUCGAGGGGCAGCAAGGUCUUCUUACCCGUGCACGUCAAGGGCGCGAAGUUCUCAGUGGGCGAUUUGCAUUUCUCCCAGGGUGACGGCGAGAUCUCCUUCUGCGGCGCCAUCGAGAUGGCUGGUGUGAUUACCAUCAAGUUCACAGUCAUGAAGGAGGGAAUGAAGCAGCUCGGCAUGAAGUCGCCCAUCUACAUUCCCGGACCAGUCGAGCCGCAGUUCGGCCCCGGCCGCCACAUCUACUUCGAGGGCUUCAGCGUUGACCAUAACGGCAAGCAGCACUACAUGGACGCCACUGUUGCGUACCGGGAGACCAGCCUGCGGUGCAUUGAGUAUCUGAGGCGAUACGGAUAUGACGACUACCAGAGCUACCUCCUGCUGUCCUGCGCACCCGUCCAAGGCCACUUAGCUGGAGUCGUUGACAUCCCCAACGCGUGUACCACGAUGGGCUUGCCGAUGGACAUUUUCGACUUCGACAUCUCGCCGCACAAGUCUGCGGAGAAGAGGGAUAUGGGCUCUUGUGCUUUCACUAGCGACCACUGA